CAGUAGUUCCCCAUUGCGUGUUUUGCUUUCGCAGGGUUCGAAGUUUUCCAGCAUCGCACCGACCUUAGUUUAUUCGAUUGUGUAAUGGAAGAAAUGGAGGUGCAGAAUGUCCAAAGUCCGAUAAUCAUUGACGAUGAUAAAUCAGAACAUGCAAUUAACCAGGCAGCUGUGUUUGUAGAAGAUGCAGCACAGUACAGAUCAAUUAACCAUAAAGUUGACAGCAAGUCACUGUGGAUGUACAGGUGGUACUACAGCAAACCUGUAAGAUGGGGACACACCUUUAUCAUCUUCCUUUACUUGAUGCUGGCAUUUGUUGAAAAGCCUUCAUCUUUAACACUCUCGUCAGAUCCUCGCUUUCGUGGUAAGAGACCUGACCCUCCUUGUGGAGUCACAGAGAGCUUGGAAAUCAUAUUUCUUCUUUGUUUUGUCUUUGACUUGGUUGUCAAGGGUCAUGUGCUGGGAAGACGGCAAGUCAUCAGGAACAAAUGGCUCUUGUCAUAUAGUGUGGUUCUUAUAAUCUCCUUCAUAGAUGUUUUCAUCUCACUCAGUUCAGGGUGUAAUCUGAUCCUUCUGGACUUUGAAUACGACAAGACAUGGAAGAAGACCAAUUCUCAUUUGGCAGUUGUAAACUUCUUUUUCAUACUUUACUAUCUUAUUGAACAGAUGGUAAAACUUUGGGCUGUGGGCUGGCAACGGUAUCGUUCAUCCUUAGUUAAUAUCUACUGUGGUGUUGUUACCCUCCUUUUGGUGGCCCUCGAGAUAGUUCAUGUUAGUUUGUAUGGCGCUCCUUUCCAAAGCUCAACAAGCAAUCAAAGUGAACACAAUAUAAAGAGAAUCUUCAACGUACCAAACAUGAUACGAGUAAUCAACAUGUUGAUUAUCUUCCGACUUUUGAGAAUAGUUCCCAACAUCAAGUCCCUUUCCCUUAUUGUUGAAACACUGAUAAAAUUAUUGAAACACUUGCGGCCUUUUGGAGGUAUCAUAGUGGCCUCCUAUUAUGUGUUUGCCAUACUGGGAAUGAUGCUCUUUAACAAAGUGACCAGUCCGUCAGCUGUUGGGGCUAAAGAAACAAGAAUUUUAACUGAAGAGUGCGGCUCUUUUGACCAGUUGCAGUACUACGCCAACAAUUUCGACGAUUUUGGGGCAGCUUUGGUGGUUCUGUGGGAUCUGAUGGUAGUAAACAACUGGCAUGUAUUUCUUAAAGAGUACGCCAAAGUUGCGAGAAGCUGGUCACAACUAUAUUUUGUUGCCUGGUACCUUAUCUCUGUUAUCCUCAUCAUUAAUCUGUUUGUCGCCUUAAUUCUCGAGGCAUUUAUCAGCCAAUGGGAGAUGAAACAGCAAAGAAUAAGACAAAACGAUGGAGCGAGGUCUCUUGAAACCGAAGUGACUUUACACGUAGGUAGCCGGUUUCAUCAACUCUUCAGCACCAACUUAGUUGAGCCGACUGAGGAGGAGCUAGUGUUUGAAUUGUCAGGUCACCACCAUUAUGCAUUUGAUGUUCAAGGUAAUGUUGAAAAUACCGCAAACAUUCCCCCAUACACCGAUUCGAAAAAUGGCGGACAGCUCGGCUUGCGCGGAUGGACUGGUGAUGAAAAUAAUCGAAAACGAGGCUAGUCAGUAUACAUGCCAACGUACUGCUGUGUGCCGAAAUGCACACAAACUGACUAUUUAGAUGACAACGGAUGGCCUGUUUCUUUCUUCAACUUUCCAAAGGACCUGAUCUUGCGUAAAAAGUGGAUUCAUGCCAUACGAAGGGACGAAGGGAAAGACUUCACGAUCGUGAAGUCAAUUAAAGUUUGCUCGCUUCAUUUUCGUCCAUCUGAUCUGCGAAAGUCCUUAAAUGGGAGGAUUUUUGUAAAAAGUAAUGCAGUACCUUCAAAAUUUGAAUGGCAAAAACAGUCCCCGAAGGAAAAAAAAGUACCAACACAACGAUGUUCUCUUCGUCGUAGAGCCGCGCGCAAAACCAACAAGGCGGCGUCAACGUCCACUGAAUGUCGUGUUAUUUGGCCACAAGAUAUUUCUGCCGAUCUUCCUUCAGAAACUAGUGUAGAUCAGCCAGAUUUACCCGAUUUCGAGAUGUGCACGUCAAUUUCAGCUCGAGUAAACAUAGGUAGCCUAGAUAGUUUCGUUGAACAUCCAUAUAACGGAUAUUUUACUGCAGUAGUACGAGAAUUCGUCGCGACAUCGCUUUCAGUGUGAUAUUGUUGCCAGUCGUUGUUUUCUCUUUGUAAAGACUUAUUUUUGUCCGGAUCGACUAUAUUAUUGUCACGGCCCGAACUUAUAUAUUCUUCGACCAUAGAGUAAAAGGAAUAUGUGGAUUAAGAACUGGGAUUAAAUAAAACAAAGAAUCACAAAUACAAUUUAUAAUUCAGAGUAUUCUAACGGUAUCGAAAUAGCCUAGUAAGAUCUCUCACCUUUUCACGAAUUGUGCCUUAAUUUUAAGUCCCUUGCACGAAUCUGCACGGCACUGAAGCCAGAAUCUAGUUCCUCCAUCUUAAGCUGAGAGGGUAUUCUACGCACCAGAGAAGCCCCGGGAAUAUCAUCUUCUCUUAAAACAACCGAGGAAUCCAUAUUUUUAACCCGGAGGAAAAGGACCUAAAAGGAAAAGCCUGAGCUAUUACUGACUAACCUCGACAUCACGUUUUUCGUUACCAGUCCAUGCGCGCGCGAACCGAGCUGGCCGCCAUUUUUCGAAUCGGCCUAUAGGGUCCCCCAUAGGUGAAUUAUUCUUCUCUAUUGCUAUCGUCGUGUACUCAAUGAGACCAAGCAUCGUCAAAGAGCGCCUUUCCGUCGAGUGCCUUGAAACAAACUCAAACAAAUCGCACCGCCCAAUCAGAGGGAAGAAAGAUAUCACCAAGAGCCAACGAGAACGCAAAAUAAGAACAAACAUACUUCCUUCUUAAGCGCGGGAAAACGCACAUGGCCAAGAAGCAUUUGGUUUUGGUUUAUCAUUUGAUUGGUUGGGGGGGGGUUGGGCACGAAUUUUACAGGCCAAUCAUAAAACGAGAAAAAGCAAAACUAAUGCGAUCGUAAAUUACUUUCAUCCUCUCUUGCUUUCGACACUCUGCUGAAAAAUUUUCAGAGAUAUCGCGAGAUCUGGAGCUUUGUAUCAAACAACCUUGUUGACAAAGCUGCUCAUCUUUACAAAUUCUGCGUACCUCAGGGAUCAGAGCGGAGAGAAUGGCAGCGAGGUUGACUUUUUUUUUACUGAACAGUUCUGUGGAAGAAUUUCAUGGGACCAACACAAACUUUACAUCACAGGGAUACAAAGAAAACUUAAGUUCUCAAUGAUCAAAGUUUCUGAGUUACACGACCAAAAGUUUUCUCGGUGCUUGCUAGAUUGGAAAGCCUCUCUUUAUACCACCGUCAUCGCAGAUCUCGUUUGAAUAUCCAUCUUUUCAGUAGUUAUGGAGAUUUGUCAUUUGGUGCCCCUUGAUCUUUGCUGAAAAUGUAGUGUAGUUCUCAAAUAGAUAUAUCACUGAACUGAAAAAUAUUCAUCGACGGAUAAACGUGAAAAUUACAUCGUCCUAGGUCAGAGUUGUAUUACUGUUUGAUGCUAACGCCGCCUAUUUGAUAAAUAUCUCUGAAAGUUAAACUUUUUUGUCAUUUAUUUAUUUACUCAAUUUUAAUUAAACAGAUCUUAAUGUAAAAAAAAUCACAAGAUCUGAUUAAUUAGGUCAGUUUAUACAGAAUACGAGGAUU